AUGGAUUUCUCAAACAGCGAGCCUUCGGAGACCAUCAUCACUGGCGUUCAACAAGUGACCCAACUAUUCCAAAUACGGCGAGCCGUUCGUAAAUUACAUGAAUCAAUCAAAGUUUUAUCUGAAAAUUCUAUAUCUGAGGAGGACCUGAAUCGUAUCAACGCUGCUGGGGAUAGUGAAGUAGGAAAAAUAAUCACAAACGAUAAUGCCAUACGUUACUUCUCAAAUAACAAGAACUUGAUGGAGUUAAAGAAAUUAGACACGCAAAUAAAAUGCAAUCUUCAAUUACCCUUAUCUUUGGCAUUAUCGUGUUCACCACCCAUCAUUAAUGGGCAAUUGAAAUUAAAUUUUGCAGGGUUAGGAGAAGCAACGAGUACACCUGAAAAGCAACAUUUAUAUUUUGAUCGAUUAACAGCACUAGGUGAAGUGUGGCUAACUUCUAUUCUUACCAAUGUUCUAUUCAAGCAAUUCCCGCUUAUUGAUUCAAAAAGUCUUACCAGUAAAGUAAAUGAAAUAUUGAAAAAUAAAAAUACAAGAUUCUGGAUAAAUGGCGUAAACUCCCUAAAAUUUUUUGAACUGGGCACUACAACCAACUAUCCUUUGGUAUUCAAACAAUAUAUUGGUUCAUUGAUAAUUGACAACAAUGGCUCACCUCCACCAGACGUAACUGAAUGGAUAGAAUCUUUGUAUGAAGAUCCCCAAGCCCCGACCUAUAAAACUAAUAAAGCUCUUUUGGAAGAAAAAUUACUUCCGAAUCCAUUAUGUCUAGAACUCAAAUAUUCGAAAAUAUCUGAUACUCCUCCCCUUAUUAUUAAGCUUGACUUCGGGAAAGAGGAACUUUCUCUUGGUUCAGGAGAUACUUUUAUUGACGCUGAAGAGAAUGCUGCUUUAAAUGCGAUCCAAAAAUUAUACUUACUACAAUCUAAAGGUUUUCAGGGAAACACAAAAAGAUUAAAACCAACCGAAGGAAAAAUAACUUUUAAGAAGAGAUCCCUAGAUGAUAUGGAGAAAGAUUCUAUGACCGAUCAAGAAAGGAAUAUUGCACUUUACACGGCAUCAAACAACUUUGAUAAGGCAAGAAAAUUGAUGAAAAUGGCAAAAGAAACACCUGAAGGUUCCGACAGACCUGGCAAAAGCAACAAUACAGCGCUUGGGGAGACAGAUAAUGGUGAUGGCCUCACGAAUGCGAACCAUCCAAUAAAUGAGUCCUCUUCAAAACUUGAGACAAAUGGUGAAUCGAAGCAAGGAACACUUGAUAAGAGUUUCAAAGAGGAAUUAUAUGCCCUUCUUGGUAAGAGAUAUUAUAAACCGCAUUAUAGAACUAGGAAAACGAAAUCAGGGCUAUUCCAUUCCAUAUGUUAUGUCAAAGGCAAAAAAAAUACAGACUAA